ACUUCCGCGGCGAUUUUCAUGCGGUUAUUUGAGCUCUAAAUAUCACAAAGAAAUGAUCGGUCUCGAGACUUAUAAUUUUAAACUAAAUAGAAUUCUAUUACUCAUUAUUGGCUUGUGGCCUCUACAACAAUCGAAUUUAACUCGACUUCAGUUUGUUUUUAUGUCUACUUUUCUGAUGACAAGUAUUAUGUUUCAGCUUACAACUUUCUUAACAUCAAAAUGUACGCCAGACUUUGUCGCUAAGAUUCUGUCUUCCACAUCUUUUUUUAGUUUAAUCGCGAUAAAUUAUAACUUAUUUUAUCUCAACAUGAAACCUGUGAAAAAUUUAUUGGUACAACUUCAAAAUAUAUGUAACGGAUUAAAAGAUGAGAACGAAAUCGCUAUCAUGAAAGAAUAUAGUUGCAAUGCGAAACGUUUCACGAUUGUACUGACAAUGGAAUAUUUUGUCGAUCAAGAAAAGUAUUUCUAUUUGAUGCUGAUACAUAUCAUCGUAUCAUUGUGCAUUGGGACAAUUGUAAUGAUAGCAGUAGGGACAAUGCUUCUUGUAUGUUUUCAAUAUACCUGUGGUCUGUUUAGAAUUUGCAGUUAUCGUAUUAAACAUGCAGUGCACGUCAAUUCAUUAGAAAAUAUUAAACUGAAAAAAGGAAAUUCAAUGUUGAAAGGAAUAAUUAGCGCCGUAGAUAUACAUCAGCAAGCUAUAAAUUUAUGCGGACUUUUGGAAUCCAACAUUGAGAUAAUGUUGUUUUGUUUAAUAUUGAACACAGUAAUCACUUUGAGUCUUAACUUCUUUCGAAUUUUUCAGAUUGUAUUAUCUAGAUAUGAUAUUAUGGAGAUUAUAUUUCCCUUUCUAUUUGUAACUGUCAGUACUAUAUACAUGUUUCUAGCUAAUUAUAUUGGGCAGGAUAUAACGGAUCACAAUAAUGACAUCUUUGUUACUGUGUAUGACGUUCAAUGGCAUGUAGCUCCACUACGUAUACAGAAAAUGAUACUAUUUCUACUACAAAGAGGAACAAAAGAUUAUAUCAUAAAUGUCGGUGGACUGUUUGCCGGAUCGUUGCAGAAUUUUGCUACGUUGGUGAAAUCAUCGGUCUCUUAUUUUACUGUUAUAUAUUCAACGCAAUAA